AUGAAGGAAUUGUCUUGUAUUAGCAAGGUUAUUGCUGAAUUAAAAUCAGGACAAGAGGGCGUAGUUAAAUCUGUAACAUUCAUGAGUGACAAAUUUGAAGAAAUGGCGAGAGAAAUUGCGCUACUCAAGAAGGCGAUUGGUGAGCUAAACCAAGAGAAUCACCGACUACGGAGUCAAGUUAAUACUAUAGAAAAGGAUCUCAAUGAACUGAAUCAGUACCAUCGCAGGAUUAAUUUGGAGAUUACUGGCAUCCCAGAAACACGUGAUGACGAAAACACCGAAAACAUAGUACUCAAUGUUCUAAAGAAAAUCGAUCCCGAAACUACUGAGCACGAUAUCGAUGUUACACAUCGUAUUGGUAAACGUGAAGAUUCACAGCGGAACGAUCGACCAAGACGUAUCAUCGUACGGUUCACCACCAGAAAGAAAAGAAAUGUAAUGACGGAAGACGUAAACUGA